CUGUAAACGCAUAGUCCUCUGUAGAUCUUUAUAGCUCAUCUUUCAACUUCACCAAUUAAAAAUCACACAGAAGAUAAUUAAUUAAUUAAUUAAAGCCCUAGGAAUCUCUCUCUCACUCUCUCUUUCUUUUGCCUUUCUGUAUCCCUCAAAAAAGGAUAAAGCUAGCUAGAGCCUAAAAAACUACAUACCAGCAUGCAGCUUUGUCUCUCCAGAGCAAGCUUAUGUCAUUUUGCUCAAUUUUCCUAGAAAAAAUCUACAAUUUUCCCCAGAAAACAAGCAAAAGGGUAUAUUUAGUCGAUAUAUAUGGAGAAGCUUACAGAUUUGAUCCACCUCUUCGUGACUGUCUUCCUCGCCGGCUUGGCCACCUUCACGGUGUUUCCGGCCAUAACCGAUGUAACCAUGGUAGCACUUUGCCCUGGUCAAGAUGAGUGCUCACUCGCCAUUUACCUCUCUGGAUUCCAGCAAGCCAUAAUAGGAGUGGGAUCGGUUGUGAUUACUCCACUAAUUGGGAAUCUGUCCGAUCAGUAUGGAAGGAAGGCUAUGCUCACAAUUCCUUUGACUAUCUCUAUCAUUCCUUUAGCUAUAUUGGCAUACAGCAGGGAAACCAAUUUCUUUUACGCGUACUUCGUUUUAAGGACUCUUACUGCUAUGGUCACCGAUGGUGGACUCAACUGUCUCGCUCUUGCUUAUGUGGCAGACAACAUUUCAGAGAGUCGACGGGCAGCAGCAUUUGGAAUUCUAUCUGGCAUAUUCCUAGCCUCCUUUGUCUGUGGAACCUUAGCUGCUCGUUUGCUCUCCACUUCUUUGUCAUUUCAGGUUGCUGCAUUUGUGUCUAUGCUAGCUGCUGUGUACAUGAGAAUUUUUCUGAAGGAUAAAGCACUAGAUGGUGAAAAUUUAACUCGGCCAUUCUUGAAGAGUGGAUCUGAUGACGCUCAUCAAGUUGAUGGUGAUUUACCCAAGAAGCCACCAGUAUUCAAGAAGAUUCUAACAGUUGGUGAUAUUAUUUCCUUGCUGAAGUGUAGUGCAACAUUUUCGCAAGCAGCAGUUGUCACAUUCUUCCAUAGUCUUGCAGAAGGAGGAAUGCAAGCUUCUUCAAUGUACUACUGGAAGGCGCGUUUUCACUUCAACAAAAAUCAAUAUGCUGAUCUACUGCUUCUUGCUGGAGUUGCAGGAGUGGUAUCACAGCUGAUUAUCAUGCCUUUGUUGACACCUUUUAUAUCAGAGGAAAAACUGCUUUCAAUAGGCCUCUUUAUGGGCUUCAUCAAUAUGUUUCUCUACAGCAUAUCAUGGUCAAUUUGGGUUCCAUAUGCAGCUACUGCAUUAGCCGUUUUCAUCGUUUUCGUGCUUCCAUCCUUACGCACCAUUACAUCCAAACAAGUUGGCCCCAAUGAGCAGGGAAAGGCUCAGGGAUGCAUUUCAAGCAUAAGUUCCUGUGCCAACAUCAUUUCCCCCUUAAUUUUCAGUCCUUUGACAGCUUUAUUCCUGUCCGAAGAUGCACCUUUUAAAUUCCCUGGUUUCAGUAUGUUAUGCAUCGGAUUUGCAUUGAUGAUUGCAUUCAUUCAAAGUGUUAUGAUAAAGGCUGCUAGUCCAAUUCCAGUUCACAACAACAACAAUGAUGUCAUGGAGGCCUAGUUCAUCAUUCUGCUCUAUUUGGGAUGUAGAAGAGGAAAAGAUUUUCCGGCCUUCAAUUAUCAUUGAAAGUGAUCAUAGAGCUCCUUGUAUACACAAGGAAGAAACCUGUUAGAAGACCUUGAAGAAAGUCAUCAUUAACUAGGGUAUGUCUGUAUUGUCCACAAUCUAUGCAAGAUCGUUUAUGAUAAUGGGUAGCUAAAAAUGCUAUUUGCUCUGUCAAAGAAUGGACCACAUCCCUAAUUAUUGAUCUUGUCAAAUUGUAAAAAGACAUAUUCAACUUGACACUUGACUCAAAGCUUGCGCAUUGAGUAAUAAGAUCAUAUUUUAUAUUUUA